AUGUCUCGUUUAGGAUCCGGAAAUACCAAUCGAAAUAAAUCGGGUAAUGGAGGAAAAAAAGAUAAACCAAUAACUAAUGGACAUCAACAAAAAAAUAAUAAAAAAGAAGAAUCUUCAUCAAGUGAUGAUGAUGAUGAUGAGCCAAUUCGUGUUCCAAUUCAAUUAAAAAUCGAAUUUGUUAAUUCAAUUAUGUUUCGUCAAUGGGCAUUAGCAAAAAAAUUAUGUCAAUUUAUGUUAAUGUAUGAACCAAAUAAUAAUGAAGCUAAACAAUAUGCUCCAUUAAUUGAUUAUAUGUUGGCAAAAGAACAAUCUUCUUCAUCGGAUGAUGAUGAUACAAGUGAUAAUGAUUCAUCUGGAAGUAGUAGUAGUUCAGAUUCUUCAUCAAAUGAAGAAGAAAAACAGAAUGAUACUGUUGAAAUUCAAACACCGAAACCAAUCAAUGCUUCGUUAUCAAACAAAUGUCCAUAUCAUAAGUGA